AUGUCCAACGUAUCUGUAUUAACUCCAGCGUCCUCAAGCUCCUCUCUUCAAAGAUAUAUAGAGAAGGUAGCCAAAGACAUGGAUCAGGCGAUCAAGGAGGAAAACAAAAAAUAUCUCCAAGACAACCACCUGCAGGAUGACAAAGAGUGGAAGUACAAGCCAUACAAACCAGACCCAAGAUGGUAUAAAAAGAAGGUUAAGGACUUCAGAGCAGAAGGACGACAGUUCAUGGAACCAGAAAUACUGCUGGAUCCACCAUCUGAGGAUGAAUCCGAUAUCGAAAAUCUCCAAAAGGUUGUAGAAAAUUGGUUUAGUGAUGAUGAGAGUGAGGCAGACAAUGAAGAAUAUGAGUCAAACGGAUCAUUUGGGACGAAUGAGUCUUAA